GGAUGUGCGAAGUGGCAAAUAAAAUAAGCGGAACGGGACCAUCAGACGAACCCACCAACACAAAGCCACCGAGAACAACGUUACACACGCCAAUGCAAUUUCCGCUGGCAGUCAAAUCUCCUUAACUUGGUAAUGUACACACUCUAAAUAAAAUGACUAUGCAAUGAUAAAAUAGUUAAUAAUUAUUCACUGCAUAUAGCUCAUGCAGAUAUUCUAGCGAUGUGGUGAUGCUUUGAUGGAGGAACCAAUGAGCAUCGGAUAUGUUGCCAACGGAACAAAGCUGGGGACACUCUGUUUGAAACUACAGACAUGAAUCGAGGUGCUCGCAGCAGACUGCCUCCGUGGAUAGAGAGUCUGGUCCUCAGCUAUGGCAGGGAGGAGGGGGGCAGCGGCGGGCAGCUGAAGGCGCAUGUCAUCGGGGUGGGUGAGAUGUCUCAGUCCCAGGCCCAGGGCUCCGAGGGCCCCACGAGGCUGCUCUUCCUGUCCGACGAGGAGCUGCAGAUUCCUGCCAUCCUCACAGCAUCAGCCUGGGAGCAUGUCCAGGAACAGGACGAUCUUGAAUAUUUCACCAGCCUUGUGAACACCACAGUUCGCAUCCACGACUACCAGCUGCAGUUUCACAUGGCCCCGGAACUGACUAAAUGCAGCUUCUUCUUAUUAGUUGGAGAGCUGGCUACAACUGCUGCCGGUCAAGUAAAAAACACCCCCCCUGCCAGCACCAGCCAGCCCUCCAUCAGGCUGAAGAUCUGCCAGACAUGGAGGGCCCUGCUGGCUCAUCAGAAGACACAGGACUCUCAGAUGAGCCAGUGGGGUGAUCUGUCGGAGCUGCUGGGGGAAUGGCAGCAUGACUGUCUGCAUGCUGUGCUUGGGGAUGUUCGAGAGAGACUGAUAGCAGCCAGCAGCCGCUCUAAGAGCCAGCAGCCCUCCACCUCAACUUACAACCCACUGCUGACCCCCCCAGACACAGUCACUGCCACACGCUGGAGUGUUGACAGGGUCCGAUUUAAAGGAGUGAAACCUUUCCCCAUUAAGUGUCUUCGCUUUCCAGAACAAGAUGCUGAGCAGCUGCACACACAGUUACCUGUUGGAAGCAGGACAACCGGUGGAGUGUGUGCUGCCUCUGAGGACAGAAAGAGAGAUUUACCUCAAGUCUUUAAAACUCUGCAGACCACGCAGCCUUCUGGUGACGAUGAUGCAGAGUGGGCUAUAGCCAAGCCGGAAGUUGUAGAGAGAGACGCCAAUGACAACUCACCUUGUCCUGUGGAGGACAGCAUGUUACAUGAGGACGGAAUCACAGUGUUUAUUGAUAGCGACAGGCCUUUGUCCAACCCUUGGGACAUUUUUCCUCCACCAUGUGACACCUCAUCAUCCUCUGAUGUGUCAACAGAAGCAACACCAAACCAUUUGCCACAAAAUCCCACUGCUACUGAAUUUCAGUCUGAUGAUGGUGUAAUCUUAACCAGCAUGCAACAGCCUCUCCACAGUUUAAAGGAUGCAUCAGAGCUCAACAAAGAAGAGCACAGCUUCCUCCCUCCAUACCAGAAAGAUCCACACUCAACCAGCCUCCAUGCCACUGCGACUCCUUCAACUUCCACUUCUGUGAGUCCACCACUGUCACACCUUAUUUCUGCCACAGACAAACAGCACACACACACAGACACAGCACAACAAAAUCUCCCAGCUUUGGACAAAGAAAGUCAGAUUUUGUUCAAAAACAUUAAGGGGACAAAUGAGAUAGUAUAUAGAAAUGCAGAGAGAAAGAGAAGAGAGCCCACAGCAGAAGCCCUGACCACCUUAGUGGAGCAGAAGACUCGGAUCAGUGGCAGCCCUCCAUCUUGGCUCUUUGACGCUCAGACAGGCUCUGGGGCUGAAGAGGGGGGCAGUCACCAGCCGGCUCAAACUGUAGGGACUGUUUCCAGAAAGACAAAGAGUCCCACUGUUCACAGUGACGGCAGGCUUUUCUCUUACUCUUACCAAGUGUCUGGACAGAAUCAGCAGGAUUUCCGUGGAUUCAGCGUCGCAGAGGCCCAUCUGCACUGGGCCGUGAAAUAUCUUGUGGUUUCAAAGCAGACGGAUCCUCCUCCCAACACAUCAGUAUCCUCUCAAUCAAAUGUCAUCUGAAGUUCUAAGUAUGUAAAUUGUCAAAAAGAUAAAAAUAAAUAAAGAUAUCUGAAUGAAGACCCACAUGCCAACUUUAUGCUAUCCCAUGCAGAUUUGGGCAGAAAUCAUACAGUUUCUUUCCAUGCAGUAUACAUGUGUUAUCACCUUUUCUGAAAUGGUGUAUUUGGAUACUUCCGCAAACUAAACAGUCUUGGAAUUGCAUGAAUUUGAUAUGACUGCAUAGCUGAGACUCUAAUUCACAU